AUGACUGGAAUCCUUGACGAGUUAAGGCAAGCCAAUUACAUCUCCACUCUAGAUCUGAGUGCGGCGUAUUGGCAAAUACCGCUAGCGGAGGACUCUAAGGAGAUCACCGCUUUCACGGUACCAGGAAGAGGGUUCUUUCAGUUCGAACGAAUGCCAUAUGGCCUCACGAACGCCCCAGCAACCUUCCAAAGAGCGCUGGACAAAAUCAUAGGUCCAGAGAUGUACCCUCAGGUAUUCGUGUACUUGGACGAUAUUAUCAUCGUCUCAAGCACAUUCCAGGACCACCUAGAGUGGCUCGGACGAGUACUGGAUAAGAUAAGAGACCACGGGCUAAGCAUAAACCGUGAAAAGAGCGUGUUCUGCCGAACCGAGGUGAAAUACCUCGGAUUUGUCGUGAACAGCGCAGGGUUACAAGUCGAUCCGGAUAAAACCGCAGCGGUCGUCGAGUUCCCCGCACCCAAGAAUCUAAAACAAAUUCGGAGAUUCUUAGGAAUGGCUUCCUGGUAUAGACGUUUUAUACCAGAGUUCGCCACGGUGGCCCAACCCUUGACACGCUUAACCAAGGUGAAGCAACCAUGGGUCUGGGAAACCGAACAGCAGGAGGCCUUUGAGGCGCUGAAAAAGCACCUCACAUCAGCCCCUACACUAGCGUGUCCGGACUUCUCCUUACACUUUACUCUGCAAACUGAUGCAAGUAGUGUAGGAUUGGGAGCCGUACUCACGCAAGUGCACGAAGAACAGGAACGCGUAAUAGCCUAUGCUAGCCGUUCCCUGACGGAUCCCGAAACCAAAUAUACGGUGACGGAGCAAGAGUGUCUAGCGGUCGUAUGGGCCGUAGAAAAGUUUCAUUGUUACCUGGAGGGUUAUCCCUUCACGGUCAUAACGGAUCACAGCAGUCUGCGGUGGCUUCAUAAUAUGAAAGAUCCCGCUGGAAGACUCGCGAGGUGGAACCUAAGGCUGAUGGAGUACGAUUAUAAAAUCAUACACCGGAAAGACUUCUUCACGAAGUGGAUAGAAGUUCGACCGUUACGAAAAGCAACGGGCGCAACGAUCCGGAAAGCAUUAGAGGAGACAAUCAUCUAUCGAUGGGGAGCUCCUCGGGAAUUGCUGACCGAUAAUGGUACCGAGUUCGUAAACAAGGACUUGAAACAGCUCGCAGCUUCAACCAACAUGAAGCAUCGAACGACUCCACCGUAUCAUCCACAAGCGAAUCCCACCGAGAGAGUGAACCGUUCGCUAAAAGCGAUGAUACGAGCUUACGUGGAGACAGAUCACCGAGAUUGGGAUGGUCACUUGGACGCAUUUAGAUUUGCGUACAAUACAGUCCAACAUAUCUCGCUGAAAGCCACACCGGCAAUCGUCAACCUCGGACGUGAACCGGAACCAGCCGAUUCAUUGCGAAGAAAGCUGGAGGGAGAAGUAGAGGUUGAAGAAACCCCUACAGAAGCAUGGGUAGAGAGGAUGAAACGCCACGAAACCCUUCGUAUGGCCUUCCGUCAUGCCCUAACGGAAGCCAACGAUCGACAGGCACAAGCCUAUAACUUGCGUCGGAGAAAAGAAGAGUUCGAGGUUGGAGAACUAGUUCUAGUUCGAAACCACGAGCUGUCAAAUGCUGCCAAGCACCGCUCAGCCUCUUUGAAUAAACCAUUCAAUGGGCCCCUAGUGGUGACGAAAAAGCAUUCCAGAAACUUUUACGAAGUCUCUGAUUUAGCUGGACGGAAUCCGAAAGGCGCCUCAAUAGUGGACAUGAAGCCCUAUAAGGAAGCCUCGGAGGAUCCCCCGACCAAAGAGAAUGGAGACGAAAUUCUCCAGAAAAGCAGUGACAGACCGAGUACUGUCCCAGAUUCACCUGUCCGACGAUCUAGAAGCCCUCCAGUUUUAGUAAGACAAGUUAGCGAAAGUGUUGCGCAAGAAUCGUCGCCAUCACCGACUCGAAGAGUCCAUCCAGACAUUGAGAUAACUGAAAUUUCGUCCGAAGAUGAACAGAGCAUUUCGCAGGGACCUGCGCCGGUCGUGACAGAGCAUGAUAACGACGAAGAGCCCGUAACAUACGUAUCCACGAGGGUAGAUAACUGCAGGGAAUCUCAUAGUAGUGAGACUCCAUCAAUUUGCACAGAAAUCCCAAUAUGGAGGGGGACUAUUAAAAUUGCGGAUAUCCACGUACGUUCAGAUCUAGAGUAUCUGAACGUAAAACAAUUAAAAGAUCUUCUUAGAAAGAAUCGUGUUGACUUUCGUGGGUGUGUGGAACGAUCAGAGUUACUGGACAGAGCAUCAAGACUUUGGGAUGCUCAUAAACAAUCACGUCAAGAUUGUACAACUGGCGAUAUGAAUGCUGCUGAAGAUCCUUACGAAGAAAAUUUAUGCAGAAUCUGUUGGGAUUCCCCUAUCGAGUGUGUGAUUCUCGAAUGUGGACAUAUGGCUUGCUGCCUAGAGUGUGGAAAGCAAAUGAAUGAAUGUCCGAUCUGUCGCCAAUAUGUAGUGAGAGUUGUUAGAUUUUUCAAGGCAUAAAAUGAAAAUCAUUCCAACAUUCUAAAAUAAAAUGAAAGAAGGAAUCAAGAGAAUGCGGAUUCUCAAUGUAUGAUCGGCAAAGCCUUCCUUUACACUAUGUUCUUAUGGAAGCUUUUAGAAAACAUGAUUUGGCUAACAGUCUGUUUCUGUUUUUCUUAUAAAAUUUUUGGCUAGAUUAAACAACUUUUUUCAUCUUUCUGUAAUAUUGAUCAAUGUCAUUGAAUUGGUUUUCAGGCGUAUAGGGCAUUACUAGAAAAACUUCAACAAUGGUAGAUUAAAAUGUAAGGAAGUUGAUUGUAACGGUAUAAGAAAAUAAAAUUAU